UUAAUCGGCCGCGCCACCACCACCACCACCGCCGUCGUAGAAGGGGAAGUUCGACGGCUUUCUCGCGACUCUAUCGGAAGCAUUUUUUUGUUUCCAUUCGGGCGCUACGUUCAGAGGGGCGUCGGAUGCCGUUGCCGUGCGCGCACACUUGCGGCAGGCGAGCGGAGGCAGACGCGGCGGUCGUGUCUACCGCGGCAUGACGUGACGCCUGCAACCACGUGCCCGAUCGGAUUGCCAGCACGGCAAAAAGCGCGCGCCGAGCUCUUGUUUGUGCGGCGUCCCUAGCCGAGACUGCGAACGAAAGGACGGACGGCGUCGGCGACAGCUCGUGACUCGAGCGCUACGAAGCCCGCGAGCGACUGCAGGGUCGUCAAGAGAUGGAGGAGGACAGGCGGGCGCUCACCGCCCCCAACGGCCGGUCCCCGUGGCGUGCUCGACUGGUGCUGUCCGUGUGCUCGGCGUGCAUGAGCGGCGCGUCGUUCGGUCUCACGCUCAGCUACUCGUCGCCAGCGCUUCCUGACAUCCGACGCCGUAUGCCCUUCAGCGACAGCCAGAGCGACUGGUUCGGUUCGCUGGUCACGCUCGGGGCUCUCUUCGGAGGACUCGCUGGAGGCCAGCUGGUCAAUAGGCUGGGCCGCAAGGACACCAUCAUCUUCUCGUCGCUUGGCUUCGUGAUCGGCUUCCUGUUGAUCGAGGCGUCGCCACAGCCGAACGUCAUGUUCCUGGGUCGCUUCCUGACGGGCCUGUCCACAGGGAUCACCGCGCUGGCGGUGCCCGUGUUCGUCUCGGAGGUGAGCCCGCCCCAGAUACGCGGAGUGCUGAACACCCUGUGCACCAUCGCCGUCACCUCGGGCGUGCUGAUGGCCUACGUGCUGGGCAAGUGGCUCGACUACCAGUGGCUCGCCACGGCCUGCAUCGUGCCCUCGGUCAUCGUGGUGAGCUCCAUGCCGUUCGUGGCAGACUCGCCGAGGUGGCUCAUCCAGAAAGGACGCUCCGAAGAGGCCCUCAAGGCGCUGGAGUUCUACGAAGGAGUGGAAUGGGCUCGCGAGGAAUUCGACAACCUUCAGGCAGCAGGAACAGUGGUCGAGCCGUUCUCGUUCGCCGAUUUCAAGCUUCCCUACAUCUACAAGCCGUUCCUGUGUGUUUUGCUCGGCAUGUUCCUGCAGCAGUUCUCAGGCAUCAGCAUCAUGCUGUUGUAUACGCAAGACAUCUUCGAGUCCGCCGGAUCGACCAUCGAGCCCACCGACUGCACCAUCAUCGUGGGAGUUGUCCAAGUGGCCAGCGGCAUCGUGGCCACGCUGGCUAUUGACCGCUUAGGUCGCAAAGUGCUGCUGCUUGGGUCCUGCUUCCUGUCCUCCGUCAGCCUGGUACUUCUUGGAAUCUCGUACCACUUCAAGGAGACUCAGGGCCAGGCGUUCCUCGCGUCGUACGGCUGGCUCCCGCUGCUUGCUCUGUGCGGCUUCAUGGUCGGCUACUCGGUGGGCCUUGGGCCGCUGCCGUGGAUGCUGAUGGGCGAGAUGCUGCCACUGCGCGUCAAGGGCUUCGCCACUGGUGCGUCAACUGCUUUCAACUUCGGCUGUGGCGCCCUGACCUCCAGGGAGUACCACAGCACCAUGAAGCUGCUCGGGAACGACGGCAUCUACUGGUUUUACGGCGCAGUUAUGGCUCUAGGCUUCGUCCUGGUGUUAGUGUUUAUUCCCGAGACCCGCGGCAAGACUCUGGAGGAAAUUGAGGUGCAGUUCGGCAAGAGCGCUCACACCUCCACGGAUUCGAGAGAACAGCCAGGCCUCGUGAACGCGUAGCGAGUGGCUCGUGCUUAGGAACUGGCAACCCUCUUUCGGGUGCUGUUUUUUAUUAUCUAUUUUAUUGCGUAUUUGUUCUGGACAUUGAGUGCAAUGAGUGUAUUUGUGUUGAGUCCCGACCGGUUCGCUAAUUUUUGCUGGAGCAGUUCAUCCUAGUUGACCCGCUUGCGUUGUGGCGUCGUACUUCCGUGUUGAGGUGCAAGCCGUUUCACCUCGCGUGCUCAUGAGAUUAACCAACGAAUCUGUACUUAUUUUAUAGGCGAAAGCAAUCUUUCUGGACGACAUAUGAUUUUGAAAUAUCAUUCUCAUUUUUUGUUGGUGGAGCAUCUUCCUAUUGCACCGCAAUGAAAUUUCUUACAGUAAAGGGAAGUAUAGUAAUACAAAAGCGACGGACAGUUCAGUAAGCAGUCAGCACACAAGUUCACCAAAGCAUUCUUCUUUUACGUUCGUCCUGUGAACUUUCUUGGGCACCGGUCAUCCAGCUAUGGGUCGUGAAAUUGCUAUUUUCAUUAGUAACAAGUGGAAGCAAUUGCCCCGGUCCCCUGAAGAACUGUAUGGCUCUUUUUUUCAACUGAAUUCAAUGGUCGGUUUCAAGUAUCAAUUAUGUAUGUUCCCGUGGACCCUUCACGACCAAGCAUUGUUUGUUCACUUUAUGCGAUUCUGUCAGGACUACGGAAAAGCCUCCAUAUAUAGGAACAAGGUAAUUUACAUGACGACAGAAGUACGGACUAUGCAGUCCAUUGAAGGCAGCGAUGUCUUACUACUUGUGCUCCGGCCUGAUUGCUGUGCCGGCAAAAAAGCAUUCACUUCAUUAUCUGCCUCACUUGACUGAAACGUCAUUCACACAGCACAUUUUUGUCAUUGAAUCCUUAGUUUUUUGUGCCUCCAUAAGGAGUGCUUAAUCCUUUGGGUCUCAUCAAAUAGUGUUCAAAAUUCGUAUGUUUGAUAUAAGAAUGUGCGUGCAUGUUUUUUAUCGUGGUUUCUCUGCAUUUCCAACUGAAUGUCUACCCCAUUGCUCAUUUCGAACUGUUUUAUUUUCACCAAUUCAGUCACUGUGUCAUUCAGUUACAAUAAAGGACAGGCAUAUCCACGA